AUGAAGCUGAAGCUAGCCCAAGCUUCUGUAAAGCUAAUCCGCGUCAGAUUAGAGCUGGCACAGUGUGAAGAAGAGGACUCCGUGGAUGAAGACCAGGAAGACAGAACAGCACAGGUGCAGAACUGGAUCGAGACAUCAGUAAUGGAAGAAAACAACAUGGAAAAACAUGAGCAACGAGGUCAGCAACCUCCGGAAGAGCCAAAUGCGAAGCUUGAAGAGAACUGCUCAACGAAAAAAGAUACGAGCGAAAUUCAAGCGCUGACGAUAGCGUCGAAGGAAGCCCUUACCACAAGAGGAGGACCAGUAGUUCAGCCAAAUUGGCUAAAAUUCAAACCGACUUACGCUCAACAUGACAUCUUGAAAACUACUGAAGUGAUUUUUAUGAAAAUUGCACUGUUACCUAAGGUGGCAGAUGCUUAA